GUGUGUGUGUGUGUGUGUGUGUGUGUGUGUGCGCACACCGUGAAGCUGACUGCGUACCCGAAAAACCGUGUGACGGAUGCCUUGCGUACAAAAUAAGCUUUUUUUUUCUUUCUGGGAUUUCAAAUUUGAUCGUGUUACUUGUUCAAUGGGAAAUAGGAGAACCUGCAGGUGCAAGUGAAGGGGAGGAACCGGGGAAAAACGCACGUGAAGCUCUCACUUCUUCAAAAGCCAAGAGAGGAGAGGAGGAAGAAGAGGAGCGCGUUAGCGAGCAAGUGCAGCAAAUUGGACUUUUCCACCAUCAGCAACCCUCCUCUCUCUCUCCCUCUCUCUCUCUCUCUCUCACUGUCCUCUCUCCAUCCCUGCUCCUCCUCUGUUGGUCUACCCACUUACUCCCCAUCCAACCUCCUCCCCCCCCCCAUUCUCCGAGCCUCCUCCCCAGGAAUAGCCUCACUCAGAGGUCUUAAAAAUACUGAGUGAGAAAGGUGUGUUUGGAUUUUUUUCGGGGAGACGCAUGGAGAUGGAUUAAACAGAAAGAGGGAGACUGCGCCGCCAAACUGGAGCAGCACGCGCGACCACGCCGGGGGGGAAGGGGGCGACGGGACUCGGUGAAUUCGCGGAGCCCCCGGGACAGAGGCUGUGAAUGGUCCACCCCCAAGAUGACGUCCCCCAAAAACAAAGCCAAGAAGAAGCCGCCCAAAGACAGCAUGACGCUGCUGCCAUGCUUUUAUUUCGUCGAGCUUCCCAUCGUCCUGUCCUCCUUGGUGUCCCUGUACUUUCUGGAGCUGACAGAUGUGUUGGCCCCGGCCAUUGUGGGCUUCCGUUGCCAUGACCGUGACCUCUCCAUGCCCUACGUGGAAACGGGUGAUGAGCUCAUCCCGCUGCUGAUGCUGUUGAGUUUGGCCUUCGCUGGUCCUGCAGCAUCCAUUAUGAUGGGGGAGGGCCUGAUGUACUGUAUGCAAUCCAAACUGAAGUCUUGUCCCAAGUCGGAGAGCAGCAUCAACGCUGGAGGCUGCAGCUUCAACUCCUUCCUACGCAGAACCGUACGCUUUGUCGGUGUUCAUGUGUUCGGUCUCCUGGCAACAGCCUUGGUGACAGAUGUCAUCCAGUUAGCGACCGGUUACCACGCCCCUUUCUUCCUCACCGUCUGCCAGCCCAAUUACACGGCGCCGGGGGUGACAUGUGACAACAACGCCUACAUCACACGGGACAUAUGUAUGGGGAAAGACCAGUAUGCCAUCAUGUCGGCGAGGAAAACAUUUCCGUCCCAGCAUGCAACGCUCUCUGGCUUCGCUGCUGUCUAUAUCUCAAUGUAUUUCAAUGCAAGCAUUAGCAGCACAACCAAACUCCUCAAGCCGCUGCUGGUGUUUGCUUACUGCAUGGCGGCGGGCCUCGCCGGGCUGACGCAGAUCACUCAGCACCGCAGUCACCCGAUAGACGUCUAUGUGGGAUACCUUAUAGGAGCCGGCAUCGGAGUCUACCUGGCUGUGUUCGCCGUGGGAAACUUCAAAGCAUCAGAGGAAGAUGCUCUUUCUUUACACAGACUGACACCGGCUCAGCAGAAGGACAGCCUGAGGGUGCUGAGUCAGCGCAGUCAUGACUCCCUCUACAGGAAGACCCCCAGGGUGUCGGAGAGCAGGGAGGAGCUGGGUGCAGGGCUUGGCUCCGGCGCUCGCAGUAAGGUGAGAAGGGAGAAGGCCUCGCUGGCCUCCCUGAAACGAGCGAGCGCCGAUGUGGAGCUACUCGCAACUCGGGGUCCCAUGGGGAAGGAAACCAUGGUAACCUUCAGCAACACCCUACCCAGAGUGGCAAACGGGAAUAGCCCCAUCUCGCCUUCAGAUGAGCCGGCCACCACGCAGCGUCACAUGACCUUCCACGUGCCCUUUGACCCCCAACGGUCUCGGCAGCUGGUGUCGGAGUGGAAGCAGCGAUCGCUGGACCUCCGCAGCCAGAGCUCCCGAGAUGAGGACGAGGAGGAUGGGGGUGAUGAAGAAGGAGCGGCAGCAGGAGGAGGAGAAGGAGGAGACCAGGAGAUGCCCUCCUCUCUGUAUCCCACAGUGCAAGCCAACAAGGGCAUCGCCACGCCAACCGGAGUCAGAAUGGUGGUGGCACCCCCGCUAGUUCACAUCCCAGAGGAAGCCACUCGGCCUCCGCCCGUUUCCCCAAAGAGCGCCAAGACACGUGCCAAGUGGCUGUCGCUCACCGAGGAAGGGAGGGUGAAAGAGCCGGGACAGGGGCCCAUCGCCGUGUCGACUCCCAGAGUGCCCAGCAUGCAACCCGGCCAUCCGCCGAAUCAGCAGAGAGUCACUCAGGUGAUGGCCAUGUCCAAGCAGCAGGGUCAUGGACCCCACACUGUGUCCACUAAGACCUCAGAAGGCGGCUCGUCCUCUGGAGGCGGAUCCAACUGCUCUGAAUCGCCCUAUUACAGGAUCCCAUCGGAUCGAGACAGCUGCAUGGGAAGCAACCCGGGGAGCAUCGCGGGAAGCGGGAGCAUCGUCACCAUCGACGCUCACGCCCCUCACCACCCGGUGGUGCGCGUGUCUGCCAGCAACGGCAAGCCGUGGGAGUGGAGGAACACCAUCAGCGGAAACAUGAUGACGGCGGACGCAGCGGGAGAGAAACACAGAGCGGCGCUGCAGCGACAGGAAAAUGCGAGUCAGUACCGGGACUACAGGACGCUCCCGGUGAAAACCGACUCGAUGUGCAUCUCCUCAGCCAGCGGGAGCAACGAAGGAGGAGCGGAGCUGCCUCCCCCACCACUCCCCACAUCCUCCUCCCCUCUGCCUCUCCCGCCUCAGCUGUCGUCGUCCCCGCUACCUCCACCUCCUCCUCACUCGUCCUCUUCCCCCUUGCCUCCCCACCAUCCACACUCCACUUCACACUCCACUCCGAUGCCGCCUCCUCUUCCUCACCCUUCCUCCUCUCACAUGCCUCCCCCUCCUCACUUGUCCUCUCAGAUGUCCCCUCCACCCCUCCCGCCUCCCACCCCUCUUCCUCCCAAAUGAUGCCCCCACCUCCUCAGCAGAUGCCCCGCCACCUCACCCGACCUCUUCCCAAAUGCCCCUGCUUCCUCACCCGUCCUCUUGCCAAAUGCCCCCACCUCCACACCCCCAUCCGUCCUCUUCUCCUUUACCGCCUCACCCGUCCUGCUCCAGCAUGCUCCCCCCUCCUCCCCAUCCAGACUUACUGAUGGACACCCACAGCCAGGCGCUGUCCCGCUCCUCCACCCUGCCUCGCAGACCCUCCGUCUCCGCCCGCAGCCACGCAGAGCAGGAGCACUACUACAAGGCCAUGCAGAAUGAGCGGAUGUUAUAGUGACGGGGAAACACGACGAACAUCAUUGUCACAUCGAUGAUUGUACUUCAGGAGACGCAGCUGAGAGAGGAAAUGAAACAAAGGCGGUUGUGGCAGGCGAAUGGAGAUAUGACUUUUGAAAUGUGACAAAAAAAAAAAAAAAGGCUUAAGAUUUGUAAUCCAGAACCGCAGCCACAGUCAAAAAAAAGAAGCUAGAAAUGAGAAGAAAGCAGAGGUUUAAGGACCACGGGGAGGUCUAACAGCUAACACACUCAGCAGGGGAUUGGCUCACACACACUGCCCACAGCGCCGGCUCCACAGCCCGGACUGAGAAAAGAUCAGACAUGAGACGAGUGUGAGUCAAAGUGAGGCGGGUCAGGAUCGAAAAAAAAACCCCAAGUUUACCUAACAUUUCAGCGUACACACCCCUCUGUGCUUCUUCAUUGUAAGGCUGAAUGGAAGCUGCUGCAGCUGAAAGAGAGAUAUCACAAUGAGGCGGCCUGGGAUUUGCCAAAUCAAGCUCCCCUUGAGAGGUGGGAUAAGACUGGGAAAACAAAACAACUACAGGCAAUACUAGCUCUCCUCAAACUCAGCUGUUUGAGACUGCCAAACAUUACGCGCAGAGAAUCUGCUGUGGCAACCAGCUUUAAAAAAAAAAAAAAAAAAAAAAACUCUUCAAAGCACCCAAAAAAAGCUAUGAAUACAGAGAAGAAUGCUGCGAUGUUGCGUUCAAAAAAACAGGUUCAAGAGUAUUAGCCACAACCCUCAAAAGCAUCAGAGUCUUUAACUCCUCUGAAUAAACAAACCUAUUGGGGGAAUUUUGUGUUCGACGCUGAGCAAAUCUGUAAGAAACCAACAGAGGGAGACGGCUUAGGAAGUGUUGCUUCUGGAAUGGGGUGUGAGAAGGAAGAAGGAGGGGUGGUGGAUCACGAACAGUUGGGGCGACCUGACGCAGACGUCACCGAAUGGAUUACUGUUGUGAACACGGAAAGGCGGUGGAAUAGAAAGAGAGGAUUGCUCCUGAAGUGGAAGAGGGUGGUCGGGCAGCACAGCGCAGUGAGCCAGGCAGCCAGUCUGUCUUUUCUGUGUUCAAAAAACCUGCUGCAGAGCCCGAGGCAGCUCUAAGGAGAUUAACGUUUGUUUAUCAAACCAACGCGAGCACACUCUUCCCUUCGUAGCUCUUCACAUGAUGUGGACCCUCUGGCAUAUCGAAAACGUUGACGGGAAUGUUAAUGGGAGAUCUGCCCAGCCAGAAGUGCCACCAACAUGCACGGUGGCUCGGGAACACCUCUUUCAAAGCGGCUAAGCGGCUCUCAGUUCAUACCUGUCAGCAUUUCAAAGAUUUUGGUACCACUGUCUAAACCAUGCAUACUUCAAACGGGGUAAAUAAGUGCUUUCUUUGUUAUCAAUUAUUCAUUUUUGAUUUAAAGAUCCGUAAUGAGGCAUUCUUCAGGGAAACAUUUAAAUUUUUUUCAGCUGGUUAACAGAAGGAGCACUGCAGGGAGAGUGAAUAUUCACAAUAUGUACAACUCAAUAUUUUAAUUCCUUUCCCUCCCAUCUGUUCACUUAUCAUCAGCACCAGAUACCUUCGGUCUCUUCUACAGGACUCAUUUAAUGAUGCAUUUUGGAAAGUGGUACCAAGAUGUGUGUUGUUUUAUAUAUGAAAUAAAUCCCUAACUUGUCGAGCAAAAGCUGUAAAGUGUAAAUGUCCAAACCAGCACCAUGACAACCAGCAACAUGUUAAAACAUUUCUGAGCAAAAGUCUCUCUUGUUGCUAGCAUUCCCGCAUCAACAGAUGAUGUUAGCCUCGUUCGGGUUCUUGAUGUUCAGACUAACUGUUGGCAAACUGAACUGCUGGAGAGAAUCAUGUAAUGUGGGCAGAAAGUCCAGAAACAAGUGAUUGAAGCUCCUGUGACAAAGUUUUCUUUUGAGCUGAUUUUGGCGCCCCCUGUGGUCAAAGCGGUACCUUUUAUGUCUUCUGCUAAUCGUGCGAUGAACUAGUGUAAGUAGUAAGACAGAUAAGCUAAUUGUUCUUUCUUUAACAGCCCAACACAUCACUCACCCUCAAUCUUUUCUUGGAAGGUGAGACAAAAAUAGAUUGUUUUUGGUGGCGCUAGAUCAGUGGUUCUCAACUGGUGGGUUGGGACCCAAAAGUGGGUCACAAAGCGGUUUCUUCUUCUGUUCUUUUUCUUUCUUCCGUCAGGUUUUGUUCCAUCUGAGGUCCAAACUGCACAAUUUGUCAUUAAAUCAAUCUGUUUGGUUGAAAAAUAUCUGAAAUUUGGGUCACGAUUGUUCAUAUAAAGAGUUAGUGGGGGUUCCUUAGGCUAGACAAGUUGAGAACCACUGCACUAAAUGUCCUAAUGGUUAGGUUGCGCCCCAUGUGUGGAGACUCUAUCUAAGCGGGGCAGCCCAUGUUGGACACCGACCCGCGGCUCCUUUCCCACAUGUCAAUCCCAACUCUCUCUCCCUGUUCAAACUCUUACCCACUGUCUUAUCAAAUAAAGACUUAAAUGCCCCAAAAUAAAUCUUUCCAAAAUGGCUGUUUUGCCAAAGUUCUGUUAAAUCACCUCAUCUGACACCUACCCCCGCAACACCAUUGACUGCCUUUCAAAUAACUAUAUAGAAAUAAUACAUUUUUAUGCUGAUGAUGUUUUUUUGCUCAUAAAAAAAGCAUCAACAUAACUUUAAGUCUUUUUUCACAACCAUUUGAAAACUCCUCACAGGAGCUUUAAGUUCACCUUCAGUUGAGAUUGUACGAUCAAAGUUCAAGAACAAACUGUCCAUACAAAGGUUUACAUGAAGUCAAAACAAUACAUCUUAAUAUAUCUAUAUAGAAAUAAUCUAACAGUGAAAAUAAUCAGUAGUUGCAGCCCUAUGAAAUAAGCUUUGGAUGGAUGAUUACAGCCCUGCCUCUCGUGUCUAUUUAUACUGUGUUGUACAAAGCCAUUAACUGGAACCCAUCAUUUCAUACAUACACGUUUUUUAUCAGAAGAUAUUCCGUCCAAUUACAAGUGUGUUUUUUUUCUCACUUUGAUCCUUUUUUUUAAAAUGAAAGAUACAGAAUCACAAACACACCUGAUGAAAAGAAGAAUUUUUCUUUUCUUACCCAUGCAUUGAAACAUGUGAAGGGAACAUGAAGUGAUUUUGUAACAGUUGUGCUAAGAAGGAGGGAGAGUUCAAUGGAACAAGUUGUGUUUUUUUAGUGGAUCUCCUCAGACGAGGAGCUGGUAGAUAAUGUUGCUCGUUUGGUUUGUGCUGCAUGUGUGUGUACGAGCGUGUUUUUUUUUGUUGUUUUUUAUUCUGUGCUUCAAGUCAAACAGACAUGCUGCAUUUUUCAGUGCUGGUGAUUAUUGUCCCACAUUUUUGACUGUACAUUUUCUUGAUAUUACCUGAUAUUAUUAAUACUCUUACUAUUCCGCAGGUCUUUUUUAUGGGCUACUGUUUUUUAUCUGUGUUGAUGUGUAACAUUAAUAACAUGGUUGAAUAAAAAAAUGAAGACUUCUUA